CAUUCCUCCCCAAGCUCGCUCUAGAUACCGGGCGAGAAGGGGGUAAUGGAGAGGGGGGGGGAGGAGAAGCUCGCGAUUCGCGCUCGUGCUCAUGCUCGCGCUCCGCGCGGCCGCCACUACGUCACCCUUCCCACCCUUACUGGCCGCGAGCUCAGCCUCGACACUGUCACCUGCCCCUCUCUCUAAACCGUUACCUUCGGCUCUCCGCUCUGGCGCGUGCUCGCUGGGGCGCGCGCUCACGCUGCCGCCCACUCACUCCCUUAGCAGCAAUCUCUCUCGCGCUGCAGCGGCAUCAACCGCCAUCUUGGGAGACACCGCCUCCUCCCCGCCCCCCCGCCCCCCUGCUGGGAGCCGCCUCCCCUCCGGUCCCCUCCCUCUCCUCUUCUCCCCCGUCCGGUUUCCAUCCUCUGCGUGCUCUUCAGGAUACCUAGAAAUCACAUCUAAUUAUUAUGCACCUCGGUCGCAGUUAACACAUCUCACUGAAAAUUGCAUACUAUUGAUGUUAAUGCGGGGGCUGAUAACCAAUAUGUAACGCUGGACCGGGACCAUCGAAUUAUACUUGGCCAAAGCUGGAGGGCGCAUGAAGGACCGUCUACACCAACCCUCUCCUGUUUACAGAUGAGGAAUGUGAGGGACAGAGACGGGAAGUGUCUUGCUCAAGACUGAAUUAAAUUCACCCCCCCCCCCCC